GCUCGCCAAUUGCCUCGUUCCCUCGGCUCCUUUUUAAGUCUUCGGGCUUCAGCCAGAGAAGGAAGCCAAAGAAGGAAGCAGAAGAGAGCCUCCCAAACCCCUAGAGCUAGAGUCCUAAGGGAAGCCACCACCACCACCACCAUGGGAAGAGCCCCUUGCUGUGACAAAGACAACGUGAAGAAAGGUCCAUGGUCCCCCGAGGAGGACGCCAAGCUCAAGGCCUACAUCGAGCAGCACGGCACCGGCGGCAACUGGAUCACCCUCCCUCAAAAGAUUGGCCUUAAGCGAUGUGGUAAGAGCUGCCGUCUCCGAUGGCUAAACUAUCUCCGGCCAAACAUUAAACAUGGAGGAUUCUCUGAGGAGGAAGAUAACAUCAUUUGUAGCCUCUAUAUCAGCAUCGGUAGCAGGUGGUCUAUAAUCGCCGCCCAAUUGCCGGGAAGGACCGACAAUGACAUCAAGAAUUACUGGAACACGAGACUGAAGAAGAAGCUUUUGGGCAAGCAGCGCAAAGAUCACCACCAGCAGCAGCAGCAGCAGGGACGUCGAAGUGGAGGGAUGAAGCAAGAAGCUAAGAGAGAUGAGAGUGGAAAUAUAGGAGUUCUCGGAGAGGGUGGCAGCCAGAGCACCUACUGGCCUGAGCCGGCCUUGCCUGUUUACCCAACCGGCCAGCUCGAUCGUCGUGCCGACGACGAGCAUGCUUCCAUGAGGCAGCUUCUGAUGAAGCGUGAGGGGAGGUUCUCCGAUGACGACAACGCAAGCCUUCAGAGCCCUUUCAUUCCUCCUCGCUCAUUUACACUGCCACAACUCUUUGAUGACUCGGCAAACGAGGUGACGACUUUGGUGAACACCACAACCGCUUCUUUCGGCGAGGGGCUGCAGAGUCCUAACGGGUUUGCAGGCGAGCUUGAUGAGUUGCUUCACUGCAGCUCAGUGAAAUUGGAAGGACUCGAUUGCUUUUAUGGAGGAGGCGGCAUGGUUGCUGAUCCCCAUGGGAGUACCACAUCAGAGAGCAUGUAUUGGUGCGAGGUAAGUCCUUUGCUCUACCCGAAUGUGGUUCCGAGCUACCAAGGGAUGCAGCAGUGUUUGUUCGAAGAACCGGUGCACCUCAUCAUGCAGUGAUGAUUGAUGCACAUGAGCUUGUGUAGAUUUGUAGCAUUGAUGGAGGUGAUGGCCAAUGAAUUCCCCUGAUAAAAUCCAAUAAGCUGAAGUAUUUGGGAGA